AUGUCCAACAACAGCUCCACGAUGGGGAUACAUGGAAAUGCUUCACUGUUCUGUGGUAAGGACCCCGUGUAUUACACCAAUACCAUAGGUAUCGUAGUGGACUGGGUGAUAUUCCUUGUAGGACUACCUGAAGUCUGCCUGGCCUGCUACGCUCUCCUGUUUCUACUCAAGAGGGACAGAUUGGCUCCCAUCUUCGCCAUAAACCUGCUCCUGUCCGACCUCCUUCAGAUCGCGAUCACAGUUGUAUUCAUCAUCAGCAGAUUUUUCGAUGCCACCUACUACCCCUUCAAGAGAGCCCGCUGCAUCGCGCGACUGUUCGUCCGCUUGGGCCUGACCGCAAGCUUGUGUUUCAUGCUGCUGAUUUCUGCAGAGAGGUAUUUAAUGGUGGCCUUUCCAAUCUGGUAUCGCACAAAGAACAGGGCAGCAUUCUCCAUCCUGAUCUCAGUUUCUGUGUGGAUCCUCUCAUUGGCCUACUCCACUUUAGAUUACAUGUUCAUGGGCCACUCCUCGUUGCUAUUCUCCGUCAUCUGCCUCCUACCCGCCCCGUUUCUUUUGGGUCUCUUCAUAGCCACGUGGCAAGCCCUCAAUAAGAGCAUGGCCAUGAGACAUGAAACGAAGAACAGGAGGAAGAUUUUGGGGGUUCUGAGUCUGGUGUUGGGGACGUACACAGUUUUGUACUUUCCCUUCAGUUUGAGGAACCUGCUCUACUCUCUCAAAAGUCAAGAUGCCUCUGAAACAGAGAACUCUGUAAGGGAUUUGUCCAGUGUUUUGACCAGUGCCCUGGUCUAUCUCAGCCCUUUGAUAGACUCUUUGGUCUACAUUUUCAUCAGGAAGGACAUAAGAGACACAGUGCAAGCGUUCCCCUGCUGCAAGACAUCUCUGAUGAAGCUCAGAGAGUUUCAGGACCAACAAACAGACAGUAACCAGACAGAGACGGCUAUAUAA